UCUGCUCAUUGUGCGAGAGAAAUUUCCGCUUCCUGCAUCGAUAAACACCCCCAACAACACCAAGUUGGGACACCGAGAGGACACACACACCGACGCGGGGACUCGCCGCCUGCCUUCGGGUUCAAACCCCCGCGACCACUGCGAUGUUUUCACUCUCCGGCGGCGACUAGCUUUAAACGGAUCAACUUUCCGUUGACACCGUAACGUACCGCGCGAGCGUUUUGCGCGUUUGCAGCAGCAGGAGCCUGAAAAACAAGGCAAAGAAAGGAGGAGGACCUUAAAACGGGACAACACCGAUACACAGACGGAGAAGCAGCCAGGCUACUACGGGUAAUUCCUCCUCUCAGCUCCGCCUGAAAGCCCGUCCACAGCCUCCAGGAUGUCGGAGCGAGGAGGGCUCCCGCGGACUGGGGGCGUCCCUUCGCCGCACAUGCAGCCCUCCAAGCCGGUCAGCAUCACCUCCAACCGGCCGGUGCAAAUGAACCUGUACGCUACCUGGGAGGUGGACCGCUCCUCGCCCAGCUGUGUGCCGAGGCUGUUCAACCUGACUCUGAAGAAGCUGAUCAUGCUGAAGGAGCUGGAUAAAGACCUCACCUCUGUGGUCAUCGCCGUCAAACUGCAGGGCUCCAAGCGGAUCCUGCGCUCCAACGAGAUCCUGCUGUCCUCAGCGGGGCUGACAGAGACCGACCUGCAGCUCACCUUCUCCCUGCAGUACCCACACUUCCUGAAGAGGGACGCCAACAAGCUUCAGAUCAUGCUGCAGCGACGGAAGCGAUACAAGAACCGAACCAUCCUGGGCUACAAGACCCUGGCUCUGGGACUCAUCAACAUGGCCGAGGUCAUGCAGCACCCCAGUGAGGGGGCCCAGGUCCUGGGGCUCCACAGCCAGCUUAAGGACGCCUCAGUGCCCGUCGCUGAGAUCAGAGUCUACUCCCUGUCCAGCCAGCCCAUCGACCACGAGGGACCCAAAGCGAAGAUGUCUGAUCGCUCUCCAGACAUCGACAAUUACUCUGAAGAGGAGGAAGAGAGCUACUCAUCAGAACAGGAAGGCAGCGACGACCCUAUUCAUGGACAGUAUCUAUAUGACGAAGAAGAGGAAGUGAGGAAGAAGAAGCCGCGUCGCAAGCUCCCUUCCAAUGCCGCCAUCACCAGACAACCCAACAUCAAGCAGAAGUUUGUUGCCUUGCUGAAAAGGUUUAAAGUCACUGAUGAGGUUGGGUUUGGCCUGGAGCAUGUGUCAAGGGAGCAGAUCCAGGAGGUGGAGGAGGACCUGGACGAGCUCUACGACAGUCUGGAGAUGUACAACCCCAGCGACAGCGGGCCGGAGAUGGAGGAGACCGACAGCAUCCUCAGCACACCCAAACCUAAGCUAAGGCCGUUCUUUGAGGGGAUGUCUCAGUCCAGCUCCCAGACGGAGAUCGGCAGCCUGAACAGCAAAGGCAGCCUGGGCCGAGACACUUUCAGCCCGCAGGGGGAGCAGCCUCCUAUAGAGAAGAUGAAACUAUCCCGCAGCCGCAACCUGGAGGAGGCCCUGUCUGAGACCGACACGCUGGAGCUAACAGAUCAGGAGCUGUUUGCUGAGGUGGGCCCCUGCAUCACGGUGUCAGUGGCAGAGAAACCCCGUACGCCUCUGAAGAGCAGCAAAAGUGAAACCCAGGCAAUGCCAUCGCCAAGGUUGGACGGCGGCCACACGCCCAGACAGAAGCGCAUCAGCACUCCCAUGAAGGAGCGACAGCUGUCCAAACCUCUGAGUGAACGGACCAACAGCUCCGACUCGGAGAGAUCCCCGGAGCUGGGACACAGCACGCCGCUCCUGAGGAAGGCAGUGUACGACCAGCUGAACCAGAUUUUGUUGUCGGACUCAGCGCUCCCAGAGAGUCUAAUCUUGGUCAACGGCACUGACUGGCAGGGGCAGUAUGUUGCAGAGCAGCUCCAGGUACAAAGACACCCGGUGGUCUGCACGUGUUCGUCAGCUGAAAUCCAGGCGGUGCUGUCUGCUGUGCUCACUCGCAUCCAGAAAUUCUGUAACUGCAACUCUUCCAUGCCCAGAGCGGUGAAGGUGGCGGCGGUGGGCAGCCAGAGUUACCUGGGAGCCAUCCUGCAGUUCUUUGUCACUCAGCUCGCCAACAAGACGUCAGACUGGCUCAACCAUAUGCGCUUCCUGGUCGUGCCUCUGGGCUCCCACCCGGUUGCCAAGCACCUUGGUGCCCUCGACAACCGCUACAGCUCCUCCUUCCUGGACGGAGCAUGGAGAGAUGUGUUCAGCCGCUCUGAGCCGCCACAGACAGAUCAGUUGGAUGUCGCGGCAAGAAUCUCCCAGUACAUCAGCGGAGCCACAGUCACACACCAGCUGCCAAUCGCUGAGGCCAUGCUCACCUGCAAACACAGGACGCGAGAUGAAGACUCCUACCAGAAGUUUAUUCCUUUUAUAGGGGUAGUGAAGGUCGGUCUUAUCGAGUCUGGUCCUUCUCCAACAGGAGACACAGAAGAGGGUGUGGCGGUGAGCUUGGCCGUCCCCUCCACGUCUCCGCCCUCCCACGGCUCGCCCACAGGGAUGAUUAAAGAGGCAGCCACGCCUCCCUCCUCCCCCUCCAUGGGCAGCGUCCUGACAGUACAAGGGAGUCCCAGCAUGUCUCACGGUGUGGACGCUAUCGGCCUGCAGGUCGACUACUGGCUGGCCUCUCUGGCUGAGAAGCGGCGGGAGGGCGAGCGGCGCGACACAGGCUGCAAAAACACGCUGAAGAGCGCCUUCCGCUCACUGCAGGUCAGCAGGCUACCAGGCGGGGGCAGCAGCGAUCCACAGGCACAGGUCAGCACCAUGGCCAUGACCGUGGUCACCAAGGAGAAGAACAAGAAAGUUCCAACCAUCUUCCUUGGAAAGAAGCCAAAGGAGAAGGAUGUAGACUCAAAAAGCCAGGUCAUUGAAGGCAUCAGCCGACUCAUCUGCUCUGCCAAGCAGCAACAGACCAUCCUGAAAGUGUCCAUAGACGGUGUGGAGUGGAACGAGGUUAAGUUCUUCCAGCUGGCCGCCCAGUGGCCCACUCACGUCAAAUACCUGCCUGUCGGACUUUUCGGCUACAGCAAGCCCCCCUCCUAGGGGUGAGCACCGGCCAGCUCCUCUGACCCUGACUAAACCUUCAGCUCUCCUCGAUCCUGAAACACCUUCGUGCAAAGACCCCGCCUCACAGCACCUGCAGAUCUGAAAGAAGACGUCGAGUGGCUGGACUAUUUUCUUUAUGUAGUUUCAUUUUGGCUACAGUCGUCUUAUUUCUCUUUGGAGAGGAGGAAGAGGAAGAGAGGGAGGAGGGUGUUGUAGGGGUGCAGCGUUGUUACUAGUCACUUUAAUGCCCCUUUUUUUGUGUGUGUGGCGAGUGUGCAUGCACACGUGAAUGUACAGUAUGUGUGCGUGUGUGUGUGUGUGUUUACAGGGGGCUUACAGCACAAGUUUAUUAGCUAACUGCCAUUUACGUUUCCGUUCUAUGGAAUGCAAUAGCAUGCAACAGCUCACCGAUUUCAAGCCCUUAAAGUCCGACCCUCAACUUUCGAUCCCUACAAGGUCCCACUCACCUCACCACCCGAUCUACACGUGCAUGCUCUGAACUAACAGAUACACCACUCAUGUGCCGGAAAACAAGAACUCAGAAUUAAAAACAAAACAAAAAAAAAAGUACUGUAACAGGGCUUCAGUGUUUGCAUGAGCCAGUGAAAACACAAAGAAAAGUCUCCUCUGCUCACAAAAUGCAGUCAAAUAAAAGGCUUGCAUGUGAUGAGUUUCUUCAACAGACGCCCGUCAAAACAGGCCCAUUAUUUAUUGAUUUUAUUUCAAGGGCUUCCAUAUAAUUUAAAAUAUUUUUUCUGUACCACAACAAGUCAUUUGGGUGUCUAAUGCCUAAUGAUUCCUUUCAAAAAAACAAAAAAGAAUAUAUAUAUCUAUAUAUAUAAAGGGGAAGCGUCUUUUUUUUUAAAUUGUGCUCUCGUGAAAAAUAGUAAUACCUUCCCUUUAACGCUGUUUUGUGAUGCAUAGUGUACGUUUUUGUGAAGAGUUCCAAGAUUUCAGGGCAGGGGCUACUGUAACGUGCAGUUUUCUUUAUCUCCUUAUUUGCUAUGCACUUACAAAGACACAUCUGGGUGUUUGCAGAGUACAGCUGGUAAAAAAAAAAUCAAUUAAACCAAGCAAACAUGCAACAACAAACAAACGCAUAUUUAAACGGUCCUAAACUCGGCAGCGUUGAUGGGAAUAUAAUGAAUAAAAUCUGCUUUUCAAUACACCACAGAAAUGGGAGUUAAAGUCCUGCAAUAAAGCACAAUGUUGUUUGCCAGUUGUCCCCUAGAUAAUUUUUUCUUUAUUGGCAACAGAUUGGCAGCUUUCUCUUCAGUGAAAACAGCAGACCUGUUGAAAAAACAAAUUUUUUUUUUAAGCAUUUUCCUUUUCUUAUCGGACUCCUUAAAGGGACAGUUCACCCUAAAAUCAUAAAGACAUAUUUUUCUUCUUACCUGCAGUGCUGUUUAUCAGUCUAGAUUGUUUUGGUGUGAGUUGCAGAAUGCUGGAGAUAUCGGCCGUAGAGAUGUCUGCCUUCUCUCCAGUAUAAUGGAACUAGAUGGCACUCAGCUUGUGGUGCUCAAAGCGCCAAAAAAUACAUGUAAAAAACUCAACAGCAAUGUCUCUUUCCAGAAAUCAUGACCUGGUUACUCAAGAUAAUCCACAGACCUUGUUGUGAGCAGUUUCAUGUAGGAACUAUUUUCUUUGUACCAAACUACACCUGUUAACCGUAUUACAACGCAGAAUGAAGCAUGUACUGCUAACUCACCUAGCAUUAUUGAGCUCAGCCCAGGAGGACGACACUGAUGUCUGUCACAAGCACGAGCCUCUCGUCCAUGAGUAGAUGCACACUUCCUUCUGCGCUGUGAUACAUAAGUAAGCAGUAAGGCGAGAGCAAGAAUGUGUGGCUGGUACUGCAAGAAAUGAGUCCUGAAAUAUGUUAAAUCGAUGUUUUUGACAACACCACAUUGCUCUUAAGAUUGUAUUUUUGGCACUUCGAGCACCGCAAGCUGAGUGCCAUCUAGUUCCAUUACAUUUAAGAGAGGGCAGAAAUCUCUACAGCUGAUAUCUCCAACACUUAGCAACUCACACCAAAACAAUCUGGACUGAUGAAUAGCACUGCAGGAAAAAUAUGUAUUUAUGAUUUUGGGGCGAACUGUCCCUUUAAUAACCACCAUUUUAUCAGGAAAUAACAGAUGUAUUUGGGUUGAUGUUGAGUUAUUUUGGCACAGGUCUGCUUAAAGCUUUCUCUAGGCUGUCGUGAGGUGAUUAGUGAGUGUACAGUAACUGGUAACAAGUGUGCGUGUAUGUGGUGAAUUUAAUGUAACGUGGUCAGAAACUUUGAGAAAAAAAAAAUCACUAAAUUAGGAGGAAUACUUUUUCUACCGUGUGACAGAGGGCAUGCAGUUGGUGUGUGUGUGUGUGUGUGUGUGUGUGUGUGUGUGUGUGUGUGUGUGUGUGUGUGUUGGCACUAUGUGUUGAUGGUGUGGUCAUUAUCGAUAUCAUUGGGUAACAGAUUAGGGCUGCAAAAGCUGCCGUGGUCGGCCUGGUUACUUUGUGGCCUGGCACAAGGCGAAUGCGGAUUUUUCGACCAAUAUCAAAACACUUUGAAAAAAAAACCCAAAACAGAAUCACUUAAUUGAAUUCAAUUUUCUUGACAUAAUUCGAUUGAAAUUCAAAUCAUGGUUUAUCGUGAUUCCUCUGAAAGCAGUUUUUUAAAGCCUUGUGUCACCUACAUUGUAACACUCUCCAUCUCCAGUAAAGUAUUAGGUUUUUUAAAAAGUGUUAAUGCCAAUGUCUUGAUUUAAAUGCUGUUUUUGGUUGAAAUCACAUUUUCCUGUUUUGAUGUUACAGUGUUACAGUCGUGAUGUCAGCAGCACGUCUCAAACUCGGCUCAUUUUUCUGUCCGACAGCACCUGUUACAUGAAGGUUUCACUCUGAAAGGGUUUGCUUGUUUGUUCACUCACUGUUUGGCUAACAGCUCAUCCAUCACCACCCAACAGACGCUCAGUUUGUUUGGUGUUGAUUGAUAAUUCGUAUUGCCAAAUAUUUGAAUGUACUGAAUUUAGUUUACAUGUGCAGUUUUAAGGCACACUCAGAUGUUGCUGUAGUAUAUUCACUUCGGUGUUAUUUGGCUUUAACUAGACUGAAGAAAUGGUCCAGUGAGGUCAUUUCUAAGCCAGUCUGGAUACUUCCCUUCAACUUUUUUGUGCAAACAACCUAUAAAAAGCAAACAGCCAGUGGGCUCGUGAAAGCACCCCUCUUGAAACCUGUACCUUUUCUUCACUCGUGUUGCUGACAACCAGUUAAGGGCUUUACAGACAGACUGACUGACUGAUAGCCUCCACACGGGGGGCUGAGUUUAAUUAUUCCCGAUUAUCAGUGAACGAUUAUCAGGUAGUUUGACAUCAUUUUAUUCCAAAAUUAAUAACAUUUGAAUCCUGGCACUUGCUCUUAAAAAGUCUUUUUGGCGCAUAAGCAAACAUAAUUUGCUCUUAGAAAAACAACACUCAUCUUGGUACCACUUUAAAAUAACCUUUAUGUAGAGAGGAUUUAUAUGUUGGCACUAAUGACUUCAUUAAAGUUAAUGAAUAAUUAAAGAAUGCAUUAAAGUUCAGGAUUGAGCUGCUAUGCACUAAUUGUGUUGCCAAUUUUAGUGAAGUAUCCCUUUGGUUAGUUUGCAAUGUAUCAAUAUAAAACAAUAUGGCUUUUAAAGGUGCACUUAUAAAUAUUUUAUAGUAACAAUGGGAUAAAUUACUACAUGUUAUGUGAAGGGUGCAGUUCAUACUGACAAACCCCCGAAAAUUAGCAUCCAACUCAAUUUCCUAUCCAGUCUAUGGAGCGUUUAAGUGUCUUUUAGCUCAUUGUUUUGGUGUAAUGGUGCGUUAAUUGAACACGAGGUGAAUUUUCUUGUCUCUAAGUCGCAGGAAUACAGCUGCUGGACUGUUUUUUGGGAGUAUUUCGCAACUGGCACCCUUAACAACUGUGCUAACGGUUGUACUAACUAACUGUGAAAGGUAGCUAACGACUAACUUAGUUUGCAAUUUUUCGCAUCUCUUAACUCGUCGGAAUACAGCUGCUGGACCUUUUUUUGUGUGUUUUUUUUUUUUUAGUAUUUUGCAACUGGCAAAUAUUCACCCUCAACAGCUGUGUUAAUGGUUGUGCUAGCUUACUGGGAAGGGCAGCUAAUGACUAACUUAGUCAGCAAUUUUCACGUCUCUAACUCUUGGGAAUACAACUGCUGGACUGUUUUGUUUUUAUUUGUUUUUUUGGAGUAAUUCGCAACUGCCGCCCUUGACAACUAUGCUAACAGUUUUGCUAGCUAACUGGGAAAGGCAGCUAACAGCUAACUUAGUUUGCGUAAAAUACAACUGAUAGUUGGAAUCAAGUAAUGUGAACAUGGUAAACAUGUAAGCUCCGUUCUCCGAACCAGCGUCAACCAACACAGCAAAACUCUUUAUUUUUCAUACUGUCACCGCUUCACUUUUUCCGCUGUUUACAUUCCACAAUGAAAGACCAACUUUAACGACGCAGCUUUUUGCAAAGAAGUGACUCGACAAAAUACCUCACACAAGUCACAAAUUUACAGAACUUAUUGUGUAGUCCUGUGACUCUCCUUUUUUGCUCUGUCUCUGUACUGUACUGAUGUUGAGUUGUAGAGCUCUGGGUGCCCACCGUAGAUUUAUAACACUAACUACAUACCAGGCCAAGAUGGUGCCUAUUGAUUUCAACGUAAUGGCUCGCCUGGUGCAUAUGCCAAAAAAGAAAUUCUAAUUUCGGGUUUACUUCCCUGGUAUGUGACCUACUGAAUAUGUUUCUCCCACUUGCCCCGCCUACAAGUCCCAGCUCUGCUCGUAGACUUUGUGACGACGUCACAGAUUUUUAAAUUGUUUUUCUCAGCUAGAAGACAACAAAUAUAAAACCACCACGGUUUAAAAAUUAGAGUCAUAAUUGAACGUGUUUGCAGCGUCAACAGUUUUACAGACAUCUCUUUAUAAUGGUGGCCUUUGGAGACAAAGCUUUUUGGGCUGCAGGGGAUUUUAUCACUGUAAUACCGCGAGUGGCCACUGGGAAAAAUUGGGAGCAAGGCUGAGCAGCUCUCUUGGGGGCUUGGUGCCCACAGACAGCAUUAUUUGACCUCUAUUUCUGAUUCUCGGUGAGGUCAGGAGCAUCUCAACCAGAUCUCAACGCUAAUAGGCUUCAAAUUCAGAUAUUUCAACUUGUGCUAUUACACAAAUAGCACGAAUUUUGCAUCUUUGCAUCAUUCACGUCACCCAGCGAAAAAUUGCAUCUCUUCAAGUUCAAGUCUUUGCAUUGACUUUGUAUGUUAUGGCGCCAUGCGAAAUUUUACUGUUAUGGUUCACUCUCUCGGGUCUCACCAGCCUCUUUUCUAGCCAGAUUAUAUGUCAGAAAAAGUCUCCAAAACCCGACUAUACACCACCUGUCCAGCAACAGUUAGCAGCUAGCAACACAGUGGAGCAUUUAGCAGCUUAAGGGCCUGAUAUUUCCCUCAGGAGUCGGUGGAGACUCAAACUGAGCCAACAUGAGGGUUCAUAUUGGGCUUACAGUCAUCAGGUGGUCAGAAACAUGACUCCAAAUGAUUAAUAAUGUCUUUCUGUGUCUGCUGGAUGUGUAAAUAGGCAACGGUUCGCUCACUAACAAUGAUAUCAGUGUUGUGUUCAAAUCUUGUUUCUGCUGCCCCCAAGUGGACGAAUAAAUUCAAAUAAUUCUGCUUUAUGUUUAAAUGUUUGCAGGUAAUUAUAGAAGGGUUUUUUUUUAAGAUCUGUUGUACAGAAUAUACUGUAGAUAAACCAAAGGGAAGCUUCACUAAAAUACUGAAAUCCAAAAUUCAAUUCCACUUUACGCAUUGUAAUAACUUCCUUCUGAUCUGUUUUAACCUUUAAUAAAGUCAUUAGAGACAACUUAAGACGUUUUUUUAAUUGUUGUUUACCAUGAAAGGGUGCCACAUUUUUAAAUUUGAAACUCGGAUUUCAAAAAGGAAAAUUUUUCCAAAAUUUAUAUAAUUUUUUUUUUCUACUUAAACUGUAAACACGGAGCGUCAGUAAACUUGUAUCUGCUGUUAGAGAUGACCUUGCCUAACUCAGAAUGCUCUCUGCCUUGUAGUGUUGUUGCCUAAAUAUUAUUGCAACAACGUGAAUCCAAACUUUCCUAUAUCGUAUGUAGUCCUAGUUUAUUGAUGCCUCUUUCACUCGCAGCCUCCACAGGGAAGAUCAAGGUCAGGUCAGCUGACUCUCCGGCUCCCUGGUCACCGAUUGAACCGAACUUGGAAAUAUUCCACUGAAAGCGAGGCAUUAAAAACUAAAUCACUGCCAAAACUAAAAUGUGAAGAAAUAGUGAUUAUAUUCAAAUAGUUUGGUGGGUUUUUUGGGUUGCCGAUUACUGAAAACACAUUAACAACAAUCUUUAUUCUGAAGUCAUCAUUUCAAUGUUUGGAGGAACUUCUUUUAAUCAUAGCCACAUUCUGCAGCUUCAUGUUUCAUCAGCCAUCUUUCAUCAUCCUUCUUUCAUCAGCCAUCUUUCCCAUCGUCCUUACAGUUUACACGUUUUCCUAAAGUCUGUUUAAAAACGCUGGUUGUUCUGUACCUAAGUCUUGAACUUGUUCCUGUGUGUUUUUACCCGUACCUCUGUACCUGUGUCGACCUGUGUGUUUUUGUGACGGUGUUAACGAUGGUUCCUCUGUCCUUGACUAGUCGUGGUUAGAGAUUAGGAGCUGUUUGGUCCAUCAAUAAUCUCUGUCAGUGAUCAGCAGUGUCUUCUCUCUCCACCGUCCUCAGAUAUACCUCUGAUGAUGAGAGAGUCUUCUUUACCAGGCUUCCACAAGCUUAGCUUUCUAAAUGAUAUUGUCCCCCAUUCCCUAACAGCUUGUAAAUUUUGCCGUCUGUCCUCAUGGGAACGGGAUUUGCCUAUGAAAGCAGUAGAUUUCUGCCUGACGAGGUUGUGCUCAGAGCAGAGCGUCCUAAGCUUGUGGACUUGUGGAGAGUAUUUUUGCACAUGACAUUGUUUCUUCAGCAGCAGUCUUCAGCUUUUUUGCCUUUUGCCUAUAACAAUAAUAAACUAUAAUGCUUGUACAUAUCAGAUAGUACUUGUUAUAUUGUAUUCUAGUUCUGUUUUUUUUUUCUUUUCUUAAUUUGACAUGUUUUGUAGUACUGCUUUUUCAUGAUUACGUUUGUCAAUCAAACAGAUGUGGGAUGAAAAGUGGAAGUGUUCAUUGUUUCAUUUGUUUUUUAAAAUAAAAAUAUUCCUGAUUUGUAA